GCUGAGAGAACGGAGAAAAUGAAGGAGCAGAAACCCAACUCCGACCGCCGAGAAAACACUGGCGGACUUCUGACCCACAUAGCCAAAUUCGCUAUUGACUCCACCAUCAACAACUCUCUCAAAUUCAAAGCUCUCGCUGGAAGGAGGCAAGUGUAUGAUAUUGUGCAGGAACAUUUAAAGAAUCAAACCCGUUCAACUUGUCUGGAUGACACGAAGAAACCACAAGAUGUUAAGAUAGGUAUGGAGGAGGUGCAAGAAAAAGUGGAAAAGAUGCAGGAAGACAAGAAUAUUGUGAAGCAAGUCAAGCAACAUCAUCUAUCGGCCAAACAUGUAGACAGAUCAGAUCAACCAAAAAAGAUGCCGGACCAAAGCAUUCAUGGAUCAGAUCUUUCUGGGAACAAUAGGAAAAAGAUCUUCAUCCGUUCUCGUCUUUAAACAAGGUUUGUUUGAGUGACCGUAUAUUUCUCUUAUAGAAUUUGUUGGGGAAAAAAAAUUUCGGAGCCAACAAAAGAAAUUCUUUGUAGAAAAAAAAAAUGUAAUGCAAAAUUGUAUUGGUCAGAAAUCGUAGUUUCUCAGUAUCAGAUUACAUCUGUAUUGUGUGAUGACUGUGAUCAAGUACAUUUUUCCUGGAAAGCUGGAACUGAAUAUAUAAGUAAUCAUGAACUUGA